ACAGCUUCACAAUUGGACUAUCACGGAUUAUUCCCAGCCUAACAAGGCUACUCUUGUCAUCGUGAAAUCAGACAGCACCUGAAUGCCUCAAGUGCUACAGCAGGUUUCGCGGAGGGGGUAGUGUAUCCUCAUUUCUGCUUUGUCUUUAUCAACAUCCCUCCGUGUGGGAUAUAUUUCGGCGAUAAACCACGUCAGGCGGUAAAAUUGAUAAGGUUAGUUUACAGGGUUAUCAUAUUUAUUUAAAUCUGCUGUGGUAUAGGCUAUCUCUUCAAAAAUGCUUCAGUCUCUAGCCAGCAAUUCGUGUGUGCGCUUGAUACAGAGUCACAAAUCGACGUGGUAUUUUGUAUCACUAGUCUUGGGGUAUUUACUUUAUCUUAUAUUCGGCGCUGUAGUCUUUUCUUCGGUCGAGCUGCCCUAUGAAGACCUCCUGCGCCAGGACCUGAGGGCCAUGAAAAAACAGUUCCUCCAGGAGAAUGAAUGUCUAUCCGAGGAGCGUCUGGAGCGGUUUCUAAAGAAAGCCCUUGAUGCCAGUAAUUAUGGGGUUUCCAUCCUCAAUAACGUCUCAGCUAACUGGAACUGGGAUUUCACCUCUGCGCUGUUUUUUGCGAGCACCGUGCUGUCCACCACAGGAUAUGGUCAUACGGCACCACUGUCGGAUGGUGGCAAGGCCUUCUGCAUUAUCUACUCUGUGAUUGGCAUCCCCUUCACCCUCCUUUUCCUCACUGCUGUGGUGCAAAGGAUCAUGGUGUUCAGCACACGGAGGCCGAUCAUGUACAUCCAUACGCGCUGGGGCCUGUCCAAACCUCUGGUGGCCAUUGUUCAUGCCACUCUACUCGCUAUGUUGGCCGUCUCUUGCUUCUUCCUCAUCCCUGCCGCCAUCUUCUCAUCCCUGGAGGAGAACUGGAACUUCCUGGAGUCCUUCUACUUCUGUUUCAUUUCGCUCAGCACCAUCGGCCUGGGAGAUUAUGUACCUGGAGAAGCUGCUAAUCAGAGGUUCAGGGAGCUCUACAAAGUGGGCAUCACUGUCUACCUAAUCUUGGGUCUGAUAGUCAUGCUGGUGGUGCUGGAGACGUUCUGCGAGCUGCAACAACUGAAGCAGCUGAGGAAGAUGUUCUACCUGAAGAAGGAGAAGCCGCACGACCGUCUGGCCAUCUUGGAGCACGACCACCUGUCCUUCACUACUGUGUCCAACAGAGCUGCAGCCCACUGUGAGGACAAAACCCAGCCGUUUGUUAGUGUCCCAACUCUGUCCUCUCCCAACGAUGACCCCAUGAUCCAGUAAAUAGCGACAGAGCAAGCAGCUAUCGAAGGAUCAAUAAAUCAAAGUAGGGGGUAAUGCACACAAGACUAGAUAAAAUGUGUAGAUCAUAAAUCUAAACUCUAGGUAUCCUGCAAAGCUCCACCCUGCAAAUUUUAGUAUGUUAGUUGAGACAAUCCAGAUCAAGCAAAACUAUCCUCUUUACAGGAACCACAAUAAUGACUAUACAGUACUAUGCAGCAGAAAUAAAAUGUAUGUACAUUAAUAAAGGGAAAUUUAAUAUUUUAUCAGUGACUAUAAAAACAUAGUCACUGAUAAAAGAAAAGCCUUCUGCUGUAUUUAUGACUCACCGGAGCUAAGCUCCUUUGUGAGCUGUAUUAUUUAUAGCAUAUGUAGGAACAUUUUAGAAAGUAAUUGGUCUCUUAAAAUCUAGCUAAAAUAUAGGACAAUUCUCUGUAGUCUGUCUCAAAAAUAGUACAUAAAUUACUUAUGUAUCGUACAGUAUAAAUACUUGACAGGUAUGUGGAAUGUGUAUUAUCAGGUAAAUGUUUUAAGGUGUACAGUAUAGUGUCAUCUAGAAUUAAGACACCUGUUAAUGAUGAGCAAAAGUAGACAAAAAUAUAAAAACAACUUAACUAUAAAUCAGAAAUAUUGUGACAUUAUUAUUUGUGAUAUAACUUUGAAACGAAAACUUUGUAAUGUAUCAUGGCAUCUUUAUUUAAAUACAGUUUUUGGGAGCAGAGCUUGCUGCAAACUGAUCAAAGUUUGUUGGUGGUUGCGCUCUGUAAUGCUCAAAUGCACACUUGUCAAUUUAAAUGCCUUCUAUUGAUUUUGAGAAAGUUCCAGGAGCCUGCUUUCUAUUGCAUGAUAAUGGUGCCUAGUUGACUGAAAGUGAGGUUGCAGUCAAUGCUUUACAGAGCACAUGAAAUAAUAGACAAUGAGUUUUAUGGUCAGUAAGUAUUUGUGAAUAUGAAAGUUUGCAAGACAACAGGCUUUGUUUAAGAAACUGUCAAGAGGUUUUGAAAUAUUUUACUUUAAAUUUUAAGCAGAUUGUUUUUAAAAAUGUUGUAUGCCUUGUUGCUCGUUUUUGUCGAAUCUCUGGCUCAUCUUUAAUUAAGGUGUUCAGUAUUCUAGUUGCACUCCACAUUGUCACAUUUCAUUGUGAGGGAACAUAUUUGUCUUCAUGUACUGUAUGUGUAUUUUCUCGGCAUGUCGCAGUGCUGUUUCAAAGUUGUCCAUCUGUGAUGAUAAGCACUAUAACUUAUUGACUUGUCUGAAUGGCCUUAUGUGUGCUGACCUGUUGUGAAAAGGGAAGUGAGGUUAGCCCAACCUAAAAAGGGAACCACGAAGGGCUGGCCCAUUUUACUGUUGAUACAGAGAGCUUAAUUUGCACAUGUACAGGAGCCAGUCAGUAGUACAGAAAAAGAAAACAACAGUUUUGGAUUUCUCUGAAACAAAGGAACACUGUUCCAAAGAUUUCAUCUGUAUUAAAAAACGGGAGAUAUUUUUAAUGAAACAGGUAACGUUACUUUUGUUGUGGAUGAUCUGUAAAGGCUUGACAUUUGCUCUGGGCAAGAAAAGAGCAAGGAGAAACUAUUUUACUGUUUGUAAUUUGAAUGUAGAGAUGUAUAUUUUUAAAUAUGACAUGAGGAAGGUCUUCAAAUUUUUGGUAAUUGUGUACUAGAAACGGUAUAUUAGAGAGACUUGACACAAUGAAUUAAAGCAGUAGGAGUGUAGCUAAGCAUUCCACUUCUGAUCAUCUAAAACAGGUUUUCAAUCUGCUCAUCAACCAAGGCUUACUCACAAUAAUUGAAAUUUAAAUCAGUGCAUGUACUCUUGCAAAUUUAUAAACCACUCCUCUAUUUUUAAAAAAUAUUUCUGAAAAUGUUCAGACAAAAAUACUGAUUUCAUGCCAUUAUCUGUCCUCUAAUAUUCUGUUUGGCGCAAAAGGACGCCCACGAAAAGUGUAGCAUUUCACAUUGAUACAGACUUAUUUGUCACAUAUACUAUUUAGUUCAUUAAAAAGAAACACACAUUUUUUCUUUUAACAAUGUCUCAGUCUCUGUAUGGAGCUGAAGUUCUGACCUCAUCUUUCUCUGCCACAACGCCACAUCAGGACACGGUCGUAGCCUUUUAUGAAGUCUUGAAUGUAAUGUUUUUUAUUAUGCUGUUUGCUACAGUGAGAUUCAAGGCCUGACCAGAGUGCAGCAUCUUUCCCUGCUGCUCUACUGGCUCUGUUAGUUUAGUAGUGUCAUGUUUAUUGGAAAUAGUGUGUACAGGUGGCAAGGUGCCUGCUUGCAAAAUUAGCUAUGACUGUGUCGCCAUCUGAGUUACCGAUCUCCAACGCUGUAUUUUAUACAUCAGUGGGAUUUUAGUUCAUUUUCCUCACCAGUCUGGGCCUUCGUGUAAACUGUGAAGCAUUGAUACUGUGUUCAUAUUGUCUGCUGAGAAAAAAGGAGAACUUGAAUUUUGCCAAGUUGGGUUUUCUCUAUUACUGUAAUAUGUUUCACUGUUAAGUAGAUACAUUGAAUAGAUUGAUGUCAAGGCUUUGACCUUUCAGCGUUACUGUGUUCAUCAUCGCUCACACACAGUUUGUCUAGAAAGUGAGAGCUGUCAGGUGAAGUAGUUGUCUAGGGAGUAAAUAUUGUGUCGAGGAUUACAACUGGAAACAAACUGACAUUAUUUAUUCAUGCUGACAAGACUUUUGAAAUAUUUGGAAUUAUCUGUACAUAUCUCUUCCUUUGUUCUGGUGCAUGGGUUCAUAUGCACAUUGGAGUACUUUAGUGUUACAGUAUCCAUAUUGUUAUACAGGAUUGUCAUUGAGCAACCAUGGAGGUUGUAUGUGAAAAGCAUUUCGUCAAAAGAGCUGCAUCCAGGAACUGUAUGAUAUCAGUGUGUCUUAAAUAAAGUGUUGGUUUAUUAA